CCUCUGUCAGUGUAUUUCAGCUGAAGCUCUUCCUCAGCUCUCCCUCACACUGCUUACUACUAAUCAGGACAUAAACAUGGCUGCUAACCGGGUGAUCGUUUACGGCGGAAGAGGAGCUCUGGGCUCAAAGUGUGUCCAACACUUUAAAUCCAAAGGAUGGUGGGUGGCUUGUAUCGACAUGGCUGCAAACAACGAGGCGAAUGAAAACGUUAUAGUGAAGCUGAGUGAGUCCUUCACCGAGCAGGCGGGACAGGUGACGGCAGAUGUGGCCCAGUUGCUAGGGGAACAGAAAGUGGAUGCCAUCUUGUGUGUGGCAGGAGGAUGGGCGGGAGGAAGCUGUAGUUCCAAAGAUUUAUACAAAAACACCGACCUGAUGUGGAAACAGAGUGUGUGGACCUCCACUAUCUCCAGCCACCUCGCUUCUCUGCACCUAAAACCAGGCGGGCUGUUGACUUUGGCCGGGGCCAAAGCAGCGCUGUCUGGCACUGGAGGUAUGGUCGGAUACGGCAUGGCCAAAGCUGCCGUCCACCAGCUCUGUCAGAGUCUCGCAGCAAAGAACAGUGGGAUGCCAUCAGGAGCUGCUGCUGUGGCUAUACUACCGGUUACCUUGGAUACGCCAAUGAACAGGAAGUUCAUGCCUGACGCGGACUUUGGCUCCUGGACACCGCUGGAGUACAUCGCAGAAAUGUUCUUCGGCUGGGCCACAGGAGUGGACAGACCAGUCUCAGGAACCCUGAUGCAGCUGCUGACCUCCGGAGGCGAAACUCAGGCUGUGCCCGCGCAGUAGAGGACAGAGUGGAGCUGUGGAGACGGUGAUGGGGGGUUGGGAGGCAGAGAGAGAGAUGGGGAGAUGGAGAAGCCCAGAGAUAUAGACGGGUAGAGAGAGAGGAAGAGGAGGAGGAGGAUAUGAGGAAGGAGAGUUGGAGAUAGGAGAUAGGAGGAGUGAUGAAGAGAGUUGGAGGGUGUAGAGGUGAAGAGGAGAGAUGGUGACAGGGAGAAACUGGAUAGAAUAAGGAGGUGGAGAGGAGAAGGCUAGAUGGGCUUGUUUUGGAGGGGUGAGGAGGAGGAGAAGGGGGGGCUUUGAUUGCAAAUGCAGCCUCAGAGCGCCAUCUAGCUGUAAACCCCUACAAUGAUCCCACUGCAACAGUCAGACUGUGUUACAUCUCCAGUUAUGGUGUGGACACACUCUCCACUCUUGCACAACAAUUCUGAAGCCAAAACAAUUCUCUGUCAAAGAUCAGUGAAGUGUGUUUAAUGGAAAUAUGUCUUGUCAAUAUAUGUGUGUGUGUAGCUCUUUUUUGGUCAGGACCGAGUGGAAGCAGUUGCUGAUUAAGAUGCAUUCAUAAUUGGUUACACCACACAUUAUAAUUCUGUGUCACAGCAGUGUUAUUACAGUAAUUAUAAUGGAGGAAAACUGCUGAAAAUAAAUGAGCUGUCUUCCCCCUCAAGGAUUUCACCCCUGUCCUACAAGAUAUAUAUCAACAACUUCAAACAUACCUACAGUCACUUUCUUUACCAUCUGUGGAAUCCAACACAUGGCGGUGUCAGUCCAGUACAACACGUGAGAUCUGUAGAUUUUUUUACCGUGUGCUGUUUAUCGUCCCUGAAGGUCUGCUGCCACCGCGGGGAACUUCACAGUCAAAGAAAGCUGCUGUCUUCUUCUUCUCAAAACGGACAAUACGGUGUAAAGUGGAGUGGCCUUAUUUUAUGUUCGCUAUCGAGUCAAAGUGUCCUUGGUGUCUGCGGUGUGAAAAGGGUGCUCUGUUCCUGUUGUGGGUUUUCUAAGUCGUGUAUUGUAACUGUGUCAAAUUCCAAAUAAAAUACGUGUGAAGGAUCGA